CCGGCCGCUCGCGCGCGGAUCGGAGCCGCGUUUCGCACAGAUGUGACGGCCGAGGCGGUAGGUGUGGCUAUUGCUGCACCGCCUUCAGAAGGGGAGGCGAACGCAGAGCUGUGCCGCUACCUCUCCAAGGUGCUACAAGUGAAGAAGAGUGACGUAAUUUUAGAGAAGGGUGGCAAGUCACGUGAUAAAGUGGUGAAGAUUUUGGUAUCGCUGACACCAGAUGAAGUACUAGAAAAACUGAAAAAAGAAGCUUCCACUUGACGAAAAACAAGAGCGGAAAAUGGAACAAUGUCAUGUGUCUUGGUGAACAGAAUGAUGAUUUUUUCUUAUGUAAAUUGGUCCUUCUGGGAAUUUGGAUACUGACUGGGAAAAGAUAUGCUCCUCUGCCUCCCUCUUUCUUUGUUAAUGGGACUGCUGUAUAGGUGAACUGCUCAUGUAGGUUUGGUAGGAAAAGUGGUAUUUACUGAGGCUCUGUGUCUGCUUCUGCCAGUAACACUUGUCCUCUUCCCUUCUCUCUCAGGGUUUCUGAAUGCAGCAAAAUUUGGUUCAUAAAGCAGAAGGCUUGGAGUGAUGGGCUUCAAAGGCAUCAGUUCAAUGUGAAGCACAAAACAAUCAGUCUGGGUGGUACAGACCCUAGAAGUGUUCUCUUUAAUAUCUGGUGGCAGGUGUUGGGUGCAGUUCCACACUAUGCUAAAUAUGUAUAUCUAAAAUUAAUGUAUUUAAAGCUAAUGUAUAUACUGUGGUUGGUCAUCAUGCAGGCAAGCUAAAACCAGAAUUACUUGUGUAGCUGAAUCAAAAUCAGAACUUCACAGUACAAAAAAAAUGACCCAGAACCUAAUAACUGCAUACAUAGUGGCACUUUGUAGUAGUCUGUAAUUAGUUACCUGAAAAGCUAUAACUGUGGUAGCUCUACAAAAUGUGUCUCAAAUGUAACGACUUUUUAAUAAAAGAUCAAAAAAAUAUUACCAAA